AUGAGUAAUAAAAAAUCGACCAAAUACGAAGUUCCGUUCUUUAAAGUACCAUUUCCACCAGAAGUGACGGUGGAAGAGAUCUUAGCAACUAGGUCAGAUGAUAAACUUAAGUCGAGAGCUCCCAAUCGAUACCUAAUUUACAGGAUCGCAUUUCUUAAGGAGCUGAGGAAACGAACUAAUGAUAAUGUGCCCAUGACGAAGAUAUCAGGUCAUAUCAGCUCGUUGUGGCAUAAUGAAUCAGCUGUAGUGAGGGAUGCUUAUAAAAAUUUGUCUGACCAAGUAGAAGAUCGCCUAAAGGAAAUAAGGCAGAAGGAAAAGUUAGUGAUGAUCACUGAAUUUCCAAACGAGUCUCAGGAUCUACAAGAUUCGCCAUCUGAAAUGGACAUUCCACUCUUUCCACUCUUUUCUAAUCCACAGCCCCUGCAACCACUACAUCCGCAACACCCGCAACACCCGUCUCCAUUAAGUCCAUUCGUUACCGAAAAUCAUUUACUGGUUAAUCAAGAUUAUACUCCAGUUUUUUAUUUUGAUCCUCUUCCUUAUCAAUUUUUUGAUGACUAUAUACAAACUGACUUCGAAAUGCCAAUAUAUCCUUAUCCUAUCGAUUCAUGUUUAUGCGAAACAUGCUGGAGUAAUUUUAACAAUCAGUUUUGA